UACUGGCAGCCGUAGCUGAAAGCUCUAGAAACAUCCAGCACGCUUUCCAGUGCGUUAGCCUUGCUAUUCUCAUUCCAGGAUACGCAACAUAAUCCGGAGUACAGUACACCAGCUAGCAGCUUUUGCCCGGGUCGUGUUUUAACAGGAGCAUCAUUUCGAUAAUAAUCACCGCUGUUCUUCCAACAGGGCUGCUCUAUCUGCUGUAAAGAAGCCUAAUUCCCACUGAGACAUGCUUCCAGCAACAGCCAAGUGGUAUGACAGGAGGGACUCUGUUUUUAUAGAGUUCUGUGUGGCUGACAGCAAAGAUGUGAAAGUUAACUUUGAUAAAACAAAGUGUGGAUUCAGCUGCCUUUGUGGAACCGAUAAUGUCAAACACGAGAACCAAAUAGAACUUUUUGAAGCCAUCGAUGAAAAUGAAUCCAAACACAAACGCACAGAUCGUUCAGUUUUGUGCUAUCUACGAAAAGCACAGCCGGGAAAGGCGUGGCCAAGGCUCACAAAGGAGAAGGCUAAGUUGAGUUGGCUCAGUGUGGACUUCAACAACUGGAAAGACUGGGAGGACGACUCGGACGAGGAGAUGGGCAACUUUGAUCAAUUCUCAGAUAUGAUGAACAACAUGGGAGGAGACGAUGGCAUGCCUGAUCUAGAUGGUGCAAAUGAGGAAGAAUCUUCUGAAGAUAGCGACGAUGAAAAAAUGCCCGACUUGGAGUAGAAGACGUUAAAACUUUGUAAAGAAGAUAGAAGAACGGGGAUUGGGGGGGAUCUUAACAAAUGUAUAUCUUGAAACCGAAGGCAGUGAAACAGCUGUACAUAUGAGUCCGUAGCCAUAUUUAAAUCCAUAGCUUCAGCUCCAAGCUCUUCGCCCAGUCAGUCCAACUAAGCUUGGUAUUGUACAGAGCAGCUAUCUCCACGUCCAUUCGCCGUACUGCAUCUUUUUUGGGGUAUCUUGUUUUAAUAGUAAAUAUUACAACUAAGCAAACAUUUUAUCUGUUGGGGAACAACUGUCAUUUUAUCCAACUGAGUAAAAUGUGUUAGGAGAGAUGAAUUUUUUUUUCUUUCCCCGAAUGAAUAGUUUGAAAAAGAUCAGACCUUCCUACCGGUUAUGUUGUGGUAUUAAAGGUAGUCGACCAGUGUAGUGUAUCUCAUGAUUUUAAGGAGUAGAUGCAUCGACUGAUUGGGUCCGCUGAAGCCUUCCAUGUGCUGUAAUUUAGAUAUCCAGGAAGUCAGUACCUGUAUCUGUAGCUUUACCUUGCGGCUUACAUGUUUCCUUUUUUCACUUCUCGUUAAAUGUUUGUAUAACGGGAUCAAUCUGAAAUCUUUGCAAGAUGACAUUCAUUUCUCCAGUUGUCACCUCCUGCACAAACGGGUUGAAAUCUAUUAUUUUUGGUGAUUUAACAGCUCCUCUCUUAUACUGUUGCCUAACGUGCAGAUAUUUCUGAUAAGAGGGAACUUUUUUUUUUUUUUUUCUUGGACUGAUAAAAAGAGUUGGAACUUGGUUAAGCCUCAGAAUUGUGUGGUCUGUUGCUCUUCUACAGUUUUGUUCUUUUAACCCGUACUCCUUGCUGUUUUGGACAUUUUUGGAACUAAAGUGUAAUGACCAAAUCAUAUUUGCACUGUUUAAGGGGGAGGCAAGUACUAUUCAAUUACAGUGAAAAUGUUUUUGUUUUUUUACUGUCUACAUCUUUCUAAUAAACAGUUU